AUGUCCGACCUCUUUCGCUCGUCGGUUCAAGCGCGCCUCGCCAAAGCCCCCAUGCUCCCACCGCUUCCCAAUGAAGAAGAAGAAGAUGAGGCCGGUGACUCUGUGCCCUCUCUCCCGACUGGAUACGGACCCCCCGCGGCGCCCUCGCGCACUCCUCGCGCCUCUCGAAAACGCCCGCCCAACCCCACCAUGGCCCCAAUCUCCGCCUCUGGCUUCUUCGACCAAGCAAUGCAAGUGUCCGUCCCGGACUCGGAUCUCGACGUGCGCGUGUACUACACGCCCCCGAAGUUCGAGGAUGGCACUGUGAUCGUGUGCCACCACGGCGCUGGCUUCUCGGGGCUUUCGUUCGCGUGCAUGGCGAAGGAGAUCACAGAUCAGAGCAGGGGCGAGUGUGGCGUGCUAGCGUUCGAUGUCAGGGGACACGGCAAGACUUAUCACUCUAAGGAACCCAAGACACCUGAGACGGAAACGCUCGACAUCGAGGUAUUGACGGCGGAUUUGGUCAACCUCGUCAGGGUCAUUUUCGCCGAUGUUCACGUCGCUCCUUCGUUGGUGCUUGUAGGACACAGUCUUGGAGGAUCUGUAUGCGUCCGGGCAUGCCCAAAACUCCAGGACCACAGGUUCCAGGUCACUGGAGUAGCAGUGGUCGAUGUCGUAGAAGAGUUCACGCUGGAUGCGUUGCCGCUGAUGCACAGUCUCCUCAAUGCGCGUCCCGAGGGGUUCGACAGCGUAGAGGAGGCCAUCGAAUGGCACGUGCAGACGAACACGAUCCGUAAUCCAUACUCGGCGAGGGUUUCUGUUCCAAGUAUCGUCGUCCCGGCUCCGGAGGGAUCUCCCGCCUACCUUCCUGCGUAUCUAUGGCGCAUAUCUCUGCGCUCAACCGCGCCUUACUGGACCAGUUGGUUCACGGGCUUGUCAGCCAAAUUCUUGUCUUCGAGAACGGCCCGCCUCCUGAUUCUCGCGGGCACGGAGCGGCUCGACAAGGAGCUCAUGAUUGGACAGAUGCAAGGCAAGUUCCAGCUGGUCGUGAUCCCCGGAGUCGGCCACCUGGUGCACGAAGACGACCCGACCCGCAUGGCGGAGGUCAUCAUCGAGUUCUGGAGGCGGAACGACAGAGUCGUUGCAGGCGUCAAGAAGGUCGGCGAGGUCUAG